AUGGUACGAGUUGACAAAAGAGUUGCAGCAGUGUUGCUGUUGCUGUGUGUUAAUGCUUUUGUGGCCAAUGUUGUGGUUGCAAGGAAUGUGGCGAGUGUGAAUGAGGAGAAGAACUUCGGAUUUGGAAAGGGAGGUGGUUUUGGAGGAGGGUUUGGUGGUGGUGGAGGAGCUGGUGGUGGUUUUGGGGGUGGCUUUGGAGGUGGUGCAGGCGGUGGGGCUGGAGGUGGAGGAGGCUUUGGUGGGGGUGCAGGUGGCGGUGGGGGACAUGGACUUGGAGGAGGUGUUGGUGGGAAGGGUGGAGGACUUGGUGGUGGUGGCGGCUUUGGAAAAGGUGGUGGUCUUGGUGGAGGACAUGGGUUCGGUGGCGGUGCCGGUGGCGGAUUUGGAAAGGGUGGAGGUCUUGGUGGUGGACACGGUGGUGGUGCCGGUGGUGGUGCCGGUGGUGGUUUUGGAAAAGGUGGAGGACUUGGCGGUGGUGUUGGUGGAGGACAUGGAAUUGGUGGUGGUGCCGGUGGUGGGUUUGGAAAGGGUGGUGGACUUGGAGGUGGAAUUGGCAAAGGGGGAGGAUUAGGUGGCGGUGCUGGUGGCGGCUUUGGAAAAGGUGGUGGUUUAGGUGGUGGUGUUGGUGGUGGAUUUGGAAAGGGUGGUGGCCUUGGAGGAGGAAUUGGCAAAGGUGGUGGUUUUGGUGGCGGUGUUGGAGGAGGCUCAGGUGGCGGUGUUGGAGGAGGAUUUGGUAAAGGUGGAGGUUUCGGUGGUGGUAUUGGAGGGGGAUCUGGUGGUGGCUUCGGAGGAGGUGGAGGUGGAGGUGGAGGUGGAGGUGGAGGUGGAGGAUUUGGCGGAGGAGCAGGAGGUGGGUUUGGUGGAGGAGCUGGUGGGGGAGCUGACCACUGA